AAGCUUGACGUCAGUGGCUUUUGCACACGGGACGCCGUCGCCCCUCGCGCCUCGAGCGCGCCGACCGUCCGGCAGCGAAGCCGCCCCGUUCAGCUCAGCGCGGGAUUGAAUCCAGUCCGCAGGCGGCCGCGCUCUCUCCUCCGACGAGAAGCCUCCCCCCUCCGCGAAAGGAGCCGCACGCACAAAAAGAGAGGAGCGACUGGGAAACAAAACUUUUCAUCUCGGCGACCGGGCACAAUCGAUUUUGAUGCCGCUCGAGUCACGGCGCGACCACCAACUCUUUGCUGCCGGUUUCCAGUCGCUUCUGGACUAACUUUCUUUCCGCGCUCUCUCUCCUCCGAGCCCAGGCGGGGGGUCCGGUGAUCGAACGAGGGAACAAGUGCGCGCGGCGUUUAAAGUAAGGAAGAAACAGUAAUACGUGCACCGGGACUUUUUUCACCGGCGUACUACGACCUUACCGACUCUGCCAAGUGGACAACGACAAGCGGCCCCCUUGACGAGGUUACUUCUACUACUACCGCUACUACUGAAUACGCAGAGGUAAAACGGGCACCAUGGUUGACACGGUGAUAACGGUGAAGCUUCAGCGUGGAGAAGGCACCUCCUGGGGCUUCCGGCUCGCUGGCGGCAAGGACUUUGGAUACCCACUCUCCGUUCAACGGGUGAACCCCGGCAGCCUGGCUGAGAAGGGUGGCCUGCAGACGGGCGAUGCCCUGCUCAGCAUCCAGGGCAAGUCGACCGACCAGAUGCGUCACAAGGAAGCACAGGACGCCAUUGUUCGUGCCGGGAAUUACCUGGAGCUCCAGAUUCAGAGGGGUGCCAGCAUGACGUGGAAGCCGAAGGUGACCCCAGUAGGGUCACUGCCGAAGCCCAGUCCGAUGAGCAAUGGAGGACCGGCCCCGGUUACGAAGACGUCGCUGGCUGCGAACAAACAGCCGUACAAACCGAUAGGCUCGGGGCACAACACGGCAGCCAAGCCUUUCGGCGGCACGAUGCAGGCCGUGGUGCACAACCAGUACAACUCUCCCAUGCCCGUGUACUCCAUGAACAACAUCGCUGACACGCUGUCCGCACAGACGGAGGUCCUCACAUCGGGAGCCGUCGGCAUUAACUUCAUGAAGGGAGACAAACCUCUUAACAAGGACUCGGCCGUCUACCGCAUGGUCCUGGAAGAAGACAAGCACCCAAAAGGUGAUGAGAGCGACCUGAUCAGUGUGUCUGAAACACGGACGCAAUCGCGUGCCUUCAGAAAGCUGCUGGAUGUGCUCGGCGAUGAGGAUGACUGCCUGCGCUCCCCCUCGCAUGACGUCACAGACUUCUCGAGUGGCGGAAGCAGCAGCCCCGCGCCGGGUGGGCCCUCGCCGGUGGCGGCUGCCAGCAGUCCGACACCAUCACCCUUGGUCAACCUUCGCCACGUGGAGGCCCCAAAGACGGCUCCCGCUCCACCAGCAGGCCAGCCCAACACCUCCGUGGGCGCCCCCAACACGUGCGCCGACUGCGGAAGGCUCAUCGUAGGCGUGUUUGUUCGCAUCAAGGAUCGCGCCCUGCACGCUGAAUGCUUCCGUUGCGCCACCUGUGGAACUUCUCUGAAGAACAUUGGAUACUUCAACAUCAAGGACAAGCUGUACUGCGACAUCCAUGCGAAGCAGGCCGCCCGCCACAUCGCACCUGGCAGCAACCUGGAGCCAGUCCCUGUGCCACCGGGCGGCCACAUCCCGCAGGGAGUUCCGCUGGCUCCGGCCCCGGCUCCGGCGCCAGCUCCGGCCCCGGUGCCCGUAGCCCCGAGGGCUCCCGUCGCAGCAGCAGCCUCGUCGCCGUUGUACACGCCGCCGGCGCCCAAGUUCACUCCGGCAGCUCCAUACACGCCGACCCAGGCGAUGCCCGCCGCGCACUCGCCGGUCGCGGCCGCACCGCUGGCUGACCAGCCGCCGCCGCCACCCGACAGCCCCGGCAUCUGCUAUGACUCCCCCGUUGCCAUGGGCCGGUCCGAUUUCCGCCAGGUGUCAGCGCAUUCUCCCGUGGCGGGUUCUAAGCCGCAGACUCCGCAGUCAGCGAAGACGACUCCACCGUUCGGUGGCAUGACACCACUGCAUCCUGUGACAGCACCUGUGGCCGACGCCCACCGUCCGAUACCAGGAGGCGCCAAGUUCACCUGGCCGCCUGCACAGGCCGGCGGUCCCACUCACGUCGGCAACGUUCUCGAGUCGAACGCCAUGCCGAGCGUUCCUACUUAUCGGCCUCCUCCGGGCACUCAGAGGGUGACAGCGGCUCCGUCGACCCCUAAGUGGGGCGGUGGUGGCCAGCCACUCGGUGCCCCUCCGGGAGGGCCCUUCCGGCCCUCGUCCCCAUCCGCAUCCCCAUACUCGCCCGUCUCGAGCCCAGCUUCGUCGCGACCACCCUCGUUUGUGUCGUCGUCGCCGAGCCCACUGUCGGGCUACGGCGGUGGUCAGCAGCAACCGAUCGGUGGCGUCAAGGUGCCGCCACCUACGGCGCCCAAGCCGAUGUCGCGCGCGCCGCCGACUAAAAUAGGCAACGGUGGGCCCUGGACGCCCGUUGGGCAGCCCGCGCCUGCACUGGCCACCGGUGCUUCAUCGGCUCCUUUUACGGGCCCUUCAGGUCUCUCCCAAGGAGCGGGGUCCAGGCCGGCGCCCAAGAGAGGCCGUGGAAAGCUGACGCAGGCCAUCGGGGGCAAGAUACCCAUCUGCUCCAGCUGCGGAUCGCCCAUCAGAGGUCCGUUUGUGACAGCGCUCGGACGCAACUGGUGCCCAGAUCACUUCUUGUGCUCCAAUGGUAGCUGCCGCAAGUCGCUCCAGGACAUUGGCUUCGUCGAGGAGCAGGGAAAGUUGUACUGCGAACACUGCUACGAAUGCUACAUGGCCCCCAUCUGCAGGAAGUGUGGACAUCGCAUCAAAGGCGAUUGUCUGAAUGCCCUUGAGCAGACCUGGCACCCUGAAUGUUUCGUCUGCACGUACUGCAAGACGGCUUUCGGAAACAGCUCAUUCUACCUCGAAGACGGAAUGCCCUACUGCGAGAAAGACUGGAACGAGCUCUUCACCACCAAGUGCGUAGGCUGUGGAUUUCCGAUCGAGGCCGGAGAUCGCUGGGUUGAGGCACUGAAUAACAACUACCACUCCCAGUGCUUCAAGUGCACGAUUUGCCAGAAAAACCUGGAGGGGCAAAGUUUCUUUGCCAAAGGAGGACGACCCUUCUGCAAGGCGCACGCCCGCUAAGCCAGCCUCUUGGGCAAGAAGAUGGACUCAGCGCCUAUGGGGCAUUCGCAGGGGCAUUUUGAUUCAUCGAGCUUCAGCUAAAGAGAUGAACAGAAGGAAAACAAGAAGGUCAUCGAUAGCCAGCAUUACAUAACUGCAUGAAGCCGAUUCUACGGACAAAAAGAGCAGAACUAGAAGGAAAGGUUUCAUAAAAACGGCUCGGCGGGAAAUUGAAGCAGCUCGAGCGGAUGGAAAGGCGCCCACUGCAAUCGUCUUGUCGGCUGCUGGACUUUGUGGUUAUUAGUUUUGCUGGGAGCUGCUUCUCACUGGGGCUCAAAUCUGUUUUUCUUAUUUUUGUUGUUUUACUUGUUGCCAUAUUUCCCUCUUGCUCUCCUUUGAUUUUAAAGAUGAGUACGGAACUUAACCGAAAGCAUAAGCUUGCUUUUAAUAUAAUUGUUCAGUCGAUACAUUAUGUUUGCGAAAGAAUAUAGAAACACUACUCAAUCGGACAUUUCUUUAUGGUAGCGAUAUACGCGCUGUAAUGAAAAUAUUAUCUGUAAUGCACAAAACUUUAUUACGUUAUACAAAGUGCAUAAGUGAUAUAUUUUUGUGUUCUUUGAUAUGGCAAAUAGACGAUGAAGAGAGCGAUGUUCUUCGCUGGCUUCUGCCUCGCUAUGUGAAGACAUGCCUCUGGGUGGCAAGAACCUGUGAAAAAACAGCCGGGGAAGAAAACAGCCAAGGUCACGAGAAACGACAAAAAAACUUCAUGAGACAGUGAUUUCUUCACAGGAUGACACGCUAACUUCAACAUGACAAAAUAGUUUUUGAUCUCUUGAUUAUGGCAUGUUUUCUGGUAGCAUCAAGCUGCGGGAUAGACAGAAGAGCCUUGGGGACAGUGCAUCAGUUUACGUCAAGGUUAUGUCUGUCACAGAGGGAAAAGAAAGCAAUAAACCGCCUUGUUGGUGAGUAAUUAGCUUCUUACCAGGUAAAGCUUCAGUGCAAGCGUAAAAAAAAAAUACAUUUCAAUGAGGAGACACAUGCAUGACGCUAGCCUCUUUCGCAUCUGCACAAGGUUGGCGCUGUCAGUGGCCCAAACACUUAUCUAAUCAACAUCAGGAGACGAACAAAGCUUGAAUAAAAAAAGCAAAAAAAUCCGUGAGUGAUUAGGCGUGAAAUAUAAAACAAGUGCGAUUUUGUAAGGUUCAGCGAGACGAAGCAACUAUAUAAGCGCUAACCAGCUCUCUAAAGUAAAACAUACUUAAUCAUUACACGCUAUAUUCGUCGCGUUUCACCUAUACACUCGUUCCUGCCUUUCUUCUCCGCUAAUGUCUGGUGUGCUGCAUUUUAUUGUUAUCGUUUUUUUCGCUGGGUCACCUGCCCAUUGGAAGUUCUAGUCGUCUUAUUUGUUACUUAUUGUUGUAGGCAUCAUUUAUUGUACUACAGCAACCAUUGUAUCAAGUCGUUGAGAAGUCAGCAUCACAAGGCAAAAUACUUAAAUGCGUCUGCUUACUCCGUCACGCUGUCUAUUACGUGCCAAACCAUAACAGACGGCGUGUACUCCCCUUACCUCCCCCCCCCCCCCCCAUUAAGAGGCUCGUGUUUUGUGUCUCAACGCUGAUCCAGUGUGUACAACGAAUAAAGCUAAUGCCAAUAACUGUUACAAAA